AUGUCAUAUAUUGGAUGGACUGUUCAGGAUUGGAUUAAAUUCCACUUCGAGAACACUCCUAACGAAUCAUUCGCUCUAUUGGUAGAAUUGGUCAAGUCCCAGUCGACAGAAGAUCCAGCAUGGAUUUCUUUGGCAGAUGAAGAGAGCUUGACCCAUCAAUGGAAAUUUUUACAAUCAAAAUCGAAUAAAAUGAGUUUACCCUUAUACGGGGUUCCUAUCGCUGUGAAAGAUAACAUAGAUGUAAAGGAUUUUGCUACUACUGCUGCAUGUCCAUCAUUUAGCUAUGUAGCAGAAGAAGAUGCUACGACUGUGAAGUUGUUAAGAAAUGCAGGUGCUAUUAUCAUAGGUAAGACCAAUUUAGAUCAAUUCGCCACAGGAUUAGUUGGAACCAGGUCACCAUACGGAAUUACACCCAAUACAUUCAGCAAGGAUCAUGUAAGUGGAGGAUCGUCUGCUGGGUCUGCAUCUGUUGUAGCGAGAGGAGUUGUUCCAGUUGCAUUAGGAACGGAUACUGCCGGGUCAGGUAGGGUGCCGGCAGCAUUGAAUAACUUGGUUGGAUUGAAGCCCACAAAAGGUGUUUUCUCGUGUAAGGGUGUAGUUCCAGCAUGUAAGUCAUUAGAUUGUGUUUCUAUCUUCCUGUUGAAUUUGCAAGAUGCACAAUUAUUGUUUAACGUAAUGGCGCAUGAAGAUGGUGAACAAGAUGAAUAUUCUAGAGUAAUGCCAAAGAACCCGUUAGUGAAAUUUUCCCUGGCUCCAAAGAUUGCCGUUCCUAACAACUUAUUGUGGUUUGGUGAAGAAACUAAUCCUAAAUUAUACAAUGAAGCGGUGAACGUUUUUUCCAAGUUAGGAGGUGAAAUGGUGUCGUUGGACAUUGAACCAUUAUUGGAUUUGGCCAAGUGUCUUUACGAAGGUCCUUGGGUUUCUGAAAGGUAUACGGCUUUGAAAGAUUUCUUAGCUACUAACCCUCCAAAGGAGACGUUGGAUCCUGUCGUAAAUUCGAUUAUCCAAGGUGGAAAACAAUAUUCGGCAGCUACUGCAUUUGAUUUCGAAUAUAAGAGACAAGGAAUUUUACAAACGGUUAACAAAUUAUUAAAGGAAAUAGAUGUGGUUAUCGUUCCAACUGCUCCAUUGAAUCCAACCAUUAAACAAAUAGAAGAAGAACCAAUCAAAAUAAACUCAUAUCAAGGUACCUACACUAAUUUUGUUAACUUGGCCGACAUGUCUGCAUUAUCUAUACCGGCCGGUUUCCGCCCUGAUGGCUUACCAUUCGGUAUCACUUUGUUAUCGCAUAAGUUUAAUGAUUAUGCUUUACUUGAGUUAGCAAAUCGUUACAUGAAAUUAUAUUCUCAAUCAACCCCAAGAUUUUUAGGUUGUUUGCAAGAUAAGAAUGUUUCUACUAUGGGUGACGAGUUAUUAAAAUUACCGGAAAUUAACUUCAACACACAAAUCAAACUUGCUGUUGUAGGAGCGCAUUUGAAAGGAUUCCAAUUACAUUGGCAGUUGGAAAAGUGCCAUGCAACAUUUAUUGAAUCAACAAAAACAUCACCAAACUAUAAAUUAUACGCAUUACCCAAGACAGGGCCAGUUGCAAAACCAGGAUUGAGAAGAGUUACUGAAUUCGGUGCAGGUAUCAAAGUAGAGGUUUAUGCUAUUCCGAAGGAGAGAUUUGGAGAUUUCAUGGGCAUGGUUCCUGAGCCAUUGGGUAUUGGAUCAGCAGAAUUGCAAUCCGGCGAAUGGGUAAAAUCGUUUAUUUGCGAAGAGUUUGGAUAUAAUUUACCAGGUACAGUGGAUAUCACAGAAUUUGGAGGAUGGAAGAAUUACCAAUCUUUCUUAGAAAAAGAGAUCAAUAAAACCAUGAGACCUUUUAAAACUGUAUUAGUUGCUAAUAGAGGUGAAAUUGCAGUUAGAAUCAUGAAAACUUUGAAAAAAUUAGACGUCAAAUCCGUUGCAGUUUAUUCAAAUCCUGAUAAGUAUGCUAAGCAUUCAAUGAUGGCAGAUGUUUCUAUAUCAUUAAAUGGGGUGUCACCUUCGGAAACAUAUCUUUCCAUCGAUAAAAUUAUCGAGGCUGCAAAAUUUUCAGGUGCCGAGGCCAUUAUUCCUGGUUACGGUUUCCUUUCAGAAAAUGCAGACUUUUCUGAUCGUUGUAUCAAAGAGGGUAUUGUUUUUGUCGGUCCUUCUGGUGAUGCUAUCAGAAAAUUAGGGUUAAAGCAUUCAGCUAGAGAAAUUGCUGCUAAGGCCGGUGUUCCACUAGUUCCAGGUUCGGACUUAGUUUUGGAUUCUCAAGAGGCCAAAUCAAUUGCUGCGAAAUUAGAAUAUCCUGUUAUGGUAAAGUCUACUGCUGGUGGUGGUGGUAUCGGUUUACAGAAAGUUGAUUCGGAAGAUGAUAUUGAAAGGGUCUUCCAAACAGUUCAACACCAAGGUAAAUCUUAUUUUGGCGAUUCGGGUGUUUUUAUCGAACGAUUUGUGGAAGAUGCAAGACAUGUCGAAGUUCAAGUUUUUGGUGAUGGAUAUGGUAAAGCGAUUGCCUUAGGAGAAAGAGACUGUUCGUUACAACGUCGUAACCAAAAAAUUAUAGAAGAAACACCGGCACCAAACUUAUCUGAGAAGACAAGAAUCAAAAUGAGGAAAGCUUCUGAAUCGUUGGCUGCAUCGAUCAACUAUAAAUGUGCUGGUACAGUUGAAUUCAUUUACGACGAAAAGAGAGAUGAAUUUUAUUUCUUAGAAGUGAAUGCUCGUUUACAAGUCGAACACCCUAUCACUGAAAUGGUAACUGGUUUAGAUUUAGUUGAAUGGAUGUUAUUAAUUGCUGCUGACAAGUCGCCAGAUUUUAAUAGAGAAAUAAUUGUAACUGGAGCAUCAAUGGAAGCAAGGUUAUAUGCAGAGAACCCUGUUAAAGACUUUAUGCCUUCUCCAGGUCAAUUAACUGAAGUAUCCUUUCCAUCUUGGGCAAGAGUUGACGGAUGGGUUGAAAAAGGUACUAUUGUUUCUGCUGAAUACGAUCCAACUUUAGCAAAAAUUAUUGUUCAUGGAACGGAUAGAAUUGAUGCAUUAAGAAAGUUACGUGAUGCACUUAAUGAAACUGUUGUCCAUGGAUGUGUUACUAAUAUUGAUUAUUUGAGAUCAAUCGCCAACUCAUCAAUGUUCGCCGACGCAAAGGUUGCUACAAAAGUAUUGGAUACCUAUGAUUAUAACCCAACAGCAUUUGAAAUUUUGAAUCCAGGUGCUUAUACUACAGUCCAGGAUUUCCCAGGUAGAAAAGGAUACUGGCAUAUUGGUGUCCCACCAUCUGGUUGUAUGGAUGAUUAUGCUUUUAGAUUAGCUAAUAGAAUUGUUGGAAAUCAUAAGACUGCCCCUGGUAUUGAAAUUACUUUUGUUGGUCCUAAAAUGUUAUUCCACCACGAUGCAAUAAUUGCUGUCACAGGUGGUUCUGUUGCUGUUGAAAUUAAUGGUACAUCUAUUGAUCAAUGGAUUCCAAUUCACAUUAAAAGAGGUGACAAAUUGACAAUUGGUAAACUUACCUUUGGCUGCAGAGCUUAUUUAGCGAUCAGAGGUGGUAUUGAUGUUCCAGAAUACUUGGGUUCAAGAUCUACUUUUGCCUUGGGUAACCUAGGUGGCCAUAAUGGAAGAGUUUUGAAGUUAGGUGAUGUGUUAUUUUUGGGUCAACCAGAGAUAGCUGGCUGCAAAUUGCCAUCUGCCGUUUCUGAACCAUCACCAAUUCCAAAAUGCUUGAUCCCAACUUAUGAUUUCAAUUCAACUAAGAAUUGGACUGUCGGUGUUACAUGUGGUCCACAUGGCUCUCCAGAUUUCUUCAAACCAGAAUCAAUAGAGGAAUUCUUCAGUGAAAAGUGGAAAGUUCAUUAUAAUUCAAAUAGAUUUGGAGUUAGGUUAAUCGGUCCAAAACCAAAGUGGGCUAGAGCAGACGGUGGUGAGGCAGGUUUGCAUCCUUCAAAUGCACACGAUUACGUUUAUUCAUUGGGUGCAAUUAACUUCACAGGUGACGAACCAGUCAUUUUGACUUGUGAUGGUCCUUCGUUGGGUGGAUUUGUAUGUCAAGCUGUUAUUGCUGAGGCAGAGAUGUGGAAGAUUGGUCAAGUCAAGCCUGGUGAUUUUAUUCAAUUCGUUCCUAUUUCUUAUAAAGAUGCUAAGGAAUUAAAGCAUAGUCAAGAUAAGGUGAUCGAAACUUUGGAAGGUGAAUUACCAAGCAUCGCAAGUAAAGUAUUAACAAAACCUGAAAAUCCAAUUAUCGCAGAACAUAAGCCUAAUACAAAAGCGCCAUCGGUUGUAUAUCGUCAAGCUGGUGAUAGAUAUAUCCUUGUGGAAUAUGGUGAAAAUACUUUAGACUUGAAUUUGAGUUAUAGAAUUCACAAGCUAAUCAACAUGGUCCACGAAAAUAAUACACCAGGAAUCGUUGAAAUGUCCCAGGGUGUUAGAUCUGUUUUGAUUGAAUAUAACCACGAAAUCACUCAGCAACAACUAGUUGAUACUUUGAUUUCUUUUGAAAAAGAGAUUACAUUUGUCAAUAAGUGGAAGGUUCCUUCAAGAAUCAUUAAAUUACCCAUGGCCUUUGAGGAUAAGAAGACCUUAGAUGCGGUCAAGAGAUACCAAGAAACAAUCAGAUCUGACGCUCCUUGGUUGCCAAGCAACGUAGACUUUAUUGCUGAGAUUAACGGUUUAACGAAAAAUGAUAUUAAGGAUAUGAUGUACUCUGCCAGAUACUUGGUUCUUGGAUUAGGUGAUGUAUUCCUUGGAGCUCCAUGUGCGGUACCAUUAGAUCCAAGACACAGAUUGUUCGGUACUAAAUAUAACCCUUCUCGUACGUACACUCCUAACGGUGCUGUUGGUAUUGGGGGUAGUUAUAUGUGUAUCUACACUAUGGAUUCUCCUGGUGGUUAUCAAUUAAUCGGACGUACUAUUCCAAUUUGGGAUAGAUUAACUUUGGGAACCAGCUCAGACAAACCAUGGUUAUUAUCCCCAUUUGACCAAAUUGAAUUCUAUCCUGUCUCUGAAGAACUAAUUGAUAAGUAUACUGAAGAAGCUUCUGCUGGUAAAUUCAAGGUUGAUAUUGUUGAAUCUGUAUUCGACCACAAAAAGUACUUAGACUGGGUCCAAGAAAACUCAAAUUCUAUAGACGAAUUCCAGAAACAAAGCGGAAAAAAGAUAGAAGAAGUCAGUAACCUUAUUAAGCAAUCUAAUGCCGACUUGGAAAAGAAUUCUGUUACUCAAAAGAGUGACGAGGACAUCUAUGGUGAAAAUGCUGAGAAGGUAUAUUCUGAGUAUUCAGGUAGAGUUUGGAAGCCUCUUGUUGAAGUUGGUGAUGAAGUUAAAGAUGGGCAAGGUAUAAUUGUUGUUGAAGCUAUGAAGACAGAAAUGGUUGUUGGGGCUACAAAAGCCGGUAAAGUUGUGAAGAUUGUUCAUACGAAUGGAGAUAUCAUUGAUGCUGGUGACUUGGUUGCAAUUAUUGAAUAA